AUGUAUGCGGAGGACGGGGCCAAGUUGCCUUUUGUCACGGAAUCUCAGAAAUAUCAACAAUCCCCCAUUCUCCGUACCGAGGACAUGGUUCUCUACAGAAUGGAAACGGAUGUCACUGGUGCAUUCAGUGGCUCAUUUGGCUUCCACGUCGCCAGUCGGCAGGCGGAGACGGCGAGACAGAUCAUUUUCAAUUUGGUUAAGUGUUUGAAUUCCAGCCAUUUCACGACGAGUGUGACGGCCAAAUGCGAGCGACGGUUCUUGGCGACGAUGCUCGGACACGGUGUUUGGAUGCGUGAAGCAACUCGGGCUCGCUUGGAAGAGCGUGGUGGCUGCGAGCGCCUGUUUAGCCUGGCGAGUCAUGCAUCGAGCGCCAACACGCUUCGCACGUCUCAGUCGGCUGGGGGGAGGGAGGAUGCCGAUCCCCAGCAACGAACACGCGCUGCCCAGCCAUUAUUUCGAGCUCCGGAUGACCCUGGACUCGACAUGGGAUAGUAUGGUUGUAUGUACACCGAGACCGGAGGAGAUUUGAACCCGAGGCCCGGGUGUGAAGUCGAAACCUGUGUCAACACGAACAAGCAUGCUUUCGGAUGUGAGAGAGGAUUGAGCGUUCGCCCUUGGACCGGCUCCGUUGAUAGCCCGUCUUUCCUGCAAGGACCUUAUUUUGGGAGGAUCUGGGGUGGAGAAGAGCGGGUUGUAUUGGUCGACAACGCGCUAACAAAACUCACUUCUGAAGUUGGAGAGCAGCAGGUGACUAAGCAGCAGCAGCCUGAGAGUGGCGCAAGCGAAGACAAACAGCGCAAAACUCAAAAAGCUAGGCCAAUCAGAGCGCGGGGAAUUCAAGGCGCCCGCGCGCGGCUCGUAACUCUAUCAUAUCAUCACGUGACACAUGUGGCGUGCCCAGUGAGGUCUGGGUUUGCGGGCGACGGGGAGGUUGGCUGCUCUGCCGGCGAGGGAGAGAGAUGGGAUGAGAGGAUGAGGGUGAGGAGAGGGUGAGUGUGAGGGAGGGAGCCGAGUGGUGGCCGGCGUCAACCAAUGCGGGGGGAGGAUGCGUGUCAUCGAGACCGUGCCAGGUCGGCAAUCGCUCUUCUGCGAUGGAGGGUCGCUGUCCUCCUGCAUACACGGGAGUAC